UGCCAUAAAGUUCAUAACUGGCAAACAAGCAACGCAAAGCACUAGAAACUAGGAACAGAGAAGCAAUCAGUUGCCAAACUAUUUUUCUCUCUCCUUUUUUUGACUUUUCUUUCUUUCUGCAACUCCAAAAUGUCUUCCAUAGGGGCAAAAAAUCUAGCACUCUCCUCAGCCUUUUUGCUCCUUUUGGUCGGUUUUGCAACCUCAGACAUCAACCAAGACAAAGCAGAAUGUACCGACAAACUUCUUGGUCUAGCUGGUUGUCUUCCCUAUGUUGGUGGUGAAGCCAAAGUCCCCGCCAUGGAUUGUUGCUCUGGUAUCAAAGAGGUUAUUGACAAGAGCAAGAGGUGCCUCUGCAUCCUCAUCAAGGAUCGUGAUGACCCUAAUCUUGGCCUCAAGAUCAACGUCACCCUUGCUCUAAGUUUACCAGAUGCUUGUCAAACACCCACCAAUAUAACUCAGUGUGUUGAUCUUUUGCAUUUGGCACCUAACUCCACGGAAGCUAAGGUGUUUGAGGGGUUUAAAAAUGCCUUGACCAACAAAACUAGUCCCUCCUCAGUCCCUGGUGCUAAUAACGCGACUGCUAAUGGAACAAGCACAAGCGCGAACAACAACAGCAGUAGUGGGUGGGGAAAGAGGUGGUUGGUGACAGAGGUGCUUUGUGGGAUUUUACCGUUUGUUUUCAUUUCCCAUUUAUUCCUCUUCGUAGUUUGAACCGAGAUCAAGAGUACUAGGAUGUUUUGGUGGUUGUGUCUAUUUAUUUCUCGGAUUCAUUACGUGUUCUGCAUAUCAGUAUAUGUUAUGCAAUUUGUGAUUUAUUUUUACUAGGUGCUGUACUGUCUUUUUCCUUUAGUUAUUUUUGCCUCAGUGUGAACCCAUCCUCUCUUGCCUGCAUGAUUAAUUCUCCAACUGAUUGAAGGGGACCUGUUACUUGACCUCAACAAUGCGUAUGCUUUAAAUAUAAUUGUGCUAGGACCUUCUAUUUACACUUGGUAUUACGUGAUCGGUUGGAUCGAUGUUGACACCUUUUCUAAGUGUUCAUUUAUUUAAUGAGUGAAAAGGUAUUUUGA